GGACCGACCACCAUGCAUUGGGAGUCCUAGUGCAGACGUCUGCGCAGAAUAAAAGCGGUUUAAGCUUGCAUGGUCCUGAAUAAGCCAGCGACAGUAUUGCACCAUGGGCGACACUGAUUGUGCUCUGCGCUGCACUUGACUUCAGAACAGCGAGAGGCAAACAGUACAGGAGGAAAACAUGUCCCGUCUCUUAGCUCGGAUCUCUUCCCUUGUUUUUCAACGGGCGAGCGCCAAGUCCUCGAUCUCAUUAACCAGAACUCCGGUCCUCAUUCGACCCCUCUCCACAAGUCAAGGACUGAGGUCGCUGACUCGCUACGAUGAGACCACCGACUGGCAAAAGAAACUGAGUCCAGAACAAUACGUUGUCACCAGAGAGAAGGGGACAGAAGUGCCUUUCAGCGGGAUCUACCUGAACCAUAAUGAGGUGGGGAUGUACCACUGCGUCUGCUGUGAAUCUCCGGUCUUCAGGUAUCCUAUCACCGAAACUACAAGAAACUACCCGGGAGCAGAGAAAACAUUUAGGAGUGAUAGUUCAGAGGCCAAGUAUGACUCGGGGACCGGCUGGCCAUCGUUCACAGAGGCCCAUGGGACGUGGGGGCGGGACGAGAGCCACGCCUGUAUAACGCGUCGCCCUGACAACAGCCUGGGCAGCGCCGGGACCGAGGUGCUGUGCAAAAUCUGCGAUGCCCACUUGGGCCAUGUGUUUGAUGACGGACCGGACCCCAGUGGCCAGCGCUUCUGUAUCAACAGUGUGGCCCUUCAGUUCAAAGCCCGGGAAAACAACCUGGAAGACAAGAACGAGUAGAAUCUUCUGGAAGCUGUCUUCACCAGGAAGAUGAAAAUCCCCAAGGAAAUUGUCAUUUUUAACACAAUACAUUCAUUGUAACAUUUACACUGAGGUUCAAUUCUGAUUUAUGUAUUACUUUUUCACUUUUAUUACUCACUUCAUACAAAUGAUUAGAAUUUUUUUUGUGAACAGUGACAAUGGUGGAUUUUGCUUGUUAAACAAUAGACUGGUACAUGCAUGGUUCAAUAUGCUCUAUUGAAAGCAUUGGUUUAAUAAAUAAUAGAUCAAUAAAUCUUUGCAAUUCAAUUCAUGAUUUUUUGGUCAUAACAAGUCAAACGGUUCAUGAACCAAACUUAAAAAGAAAAAGGUUUUCACCCUGACUUCAACCCUUCCU